ACGAGAAGAAAGGCCCCGCCAGGGGAAAGGGAGUUCCAGUUAACGACCAGGACGAAGCAGGAAUGAGGACGAAAACAAGAGCACCCGGGAGAAACAGGAGGGCUUGGGUCCAGUUACCACUAGGGUGGGGCAGGAUUCUGAGCUGCGCGAAUCCCCGAGUGAGAGGCUCUGGUCCACCUGCUGUUGGGAGCACCUGGCCAGUGGUCAGAGAAGUUGAGAUACCCAGAGCUGAUGCAGGAGGAGCAGAGUGACAAAUGGGAGGACCUGGAAACUUGAGGCAGUGCUGAGGGUGGCUUUCCCCGUGCCUGUCAGAGGCGGGUCGCAGAGGGACCUGUGGGAAGCAGCUGGGCUGCACCCUGGGAUGAGGGAGUGGGUGGAGCACAGAGUGGCCAGGGGCUCUGUGGUGGCUUUCUUGCCCCAGGGCAGGGCAGGGCAGGGCAGGGCAGGGCGUGAGAUAUGCAAACUCUGAGGCUCCGGAAGGCGGAGUUGCUGGGCAGCCAGCCUUGCUGAGCCCUGGGAGGCGCACUCGGUGGGUUUGGACACCCGCGGGCUAAGCGGGGCUCCAGGCCGCUGUUUCCUUAGCAGACGUCAUGUUUACGCUCCGCUCCGGGGAGAGCAGACCAGACCAUUGCGGGGUUUGUUUCUGUCAGGCGGGGGACUUACCGCCUGAGCUGCGUCCCAGCGGCCUUGCUGGCCAAGCCAGGCGUGAUUGCUUCCUCCCCUCUCCAGGGGCCUGUUUACACUGACUUCACCGUUACUGCCAGCUCUCAAGUGGGAAGAGGGAGGUUAUAGUGAAAGGUCAGCAGAUAACAGAUGGAUGCUCCCUGUUUGGAAAUAGGAGCUUAAGUGAAGAAUCGAGAAGGCCAGUCUCUGGUCCACGCGCACGUCCCCAGAGAAUCUAGCAGAGAGGCUGACGCUGUUGGGAGGAGCCGCUCACAGCGCUGUCCUCCCCUCAAGCCACAGGAUGGAGCCUCCACUCGGGACUCAGCAGGGAGCCAUGCAACCCCUGGUCGCCGACAACUUCGAAGCCUGCCUGCUGGAUAAGGUGGAUCAGCGGCGCCAGCGGGUGUCCCAGAUGGUGGAGGAGGUGCAGAAGGUCGUCUACCACCUGACCACAGAAAUCAGCAACCAGGACAUCCGCUUCCAGGCCAUCCCGUACUCCCUGAUGUACAACGGGAACAUCACGGUGUUGUCCCCCAGCCAGUUCCUCGUCACAGUCCCAGUGAGAGGCCUGUCCGGGUACCGGGAGGCCAGGGAGCAGCGCUGGCGGUACUACACGCUGCAGGGCGCCAGGCUCACCUGCCCCCAGCGGAGCCCCGAGGGCCUGCAGCAGUGGCUGGAGGUGCAGCAGUUCACGAAGAACCUGUGGCAGUGGCACAAGGCAGACGUGAGCAUCGAGGGGGACAUUGUGCCCGCCAAGGUGCUCCAGGUGUUCCGCAAACUGGUGGAAAACGCCAUCGAAACCUGUCACCUGUCAGUCGUUUGGGUUCUCCCUGUUGGCCCGUUGGCAUUAUCACUGGCAGCUGAGCUUCCUGCAGGCCGAGCGGGUGCUGCUGGAGCACCUGGACGAGGACGGGGGCUGCCGCCGGCGCUGCUUCCAGGCCCUGCGGCAGAUGAAGGAGGACGUCUGGUGUCCAGGGCGGAGGCCUGUGAUCACGUCCCACCACCUGCAGACAGUGCUCUUCUGGACUUGCGAGAAGUACCCCCACGCCCAGGACUGGCGGGCCUUCAGCAAAGGGCUCCUGCGCCUGGCGAGGAAGCUGCACAAGUGCGUGCGCCAGCGUUUCCUGAAGCACUUUUUCGUGCGCAGCGGCAACCUCCUGCAGCACGCCGCCGCCGCCGAGCUGGACGCCGUGGCCCAGAGGCUGGCCCUCUUCCUGCAGGACCCCGGGCCCUCCUGCGGGCUCCUGGCCUUCCGCUGCGGCUCCAGCUCCAGCUCUGUGGAUGGGUGCAGGCAGGUGCCAGGUUCCUGCCCAGGAGAACAGCACCGGGUGGCGAAGGGAGUCCUGCCGACCAGUUGCACCUCAGAGGCCUGACCAGGCCCCCCUGGGCCACGCAAGCCCUGGCCCUCGCCAUUGCCAGCUACCUCUCUCGGGGACAGCUCUCAUCCAGCUGCCCCGAGCAAACUGAUGACAGUUCUGAGCCUGUUUCCCUUGCUCAGAUGCGGAUGGUCCGACGGGGAGGAUGGAGACAGAGCCCCUGGAAGCCAGGCAUCAGCCUGCUGCCCAGCCCUGGUCCCCAGCCCGCCAGCCACGGGUGCGUUGUUUCCAUCUGUGAAAUGGGACUGUGACUGUGCUCCCUGAGGGCGGGGCCGAGAGCCCGCGGACUGGGCGGUGCCCUUCGAGGAGAAGGCAUCGGAUCAGCACUCCGUGCUGCUGUUGGUGUAUGGCCGGCGUUCGCAUCCCGGAUGAGUACCUGACCGCUGAUUAAAUGAUUGCGUCUGUUGCG